AUUGCGCGGGUUCGAGAUAAGUCUAUCAGCGGCAGCCGGCAUCUGUUAUCUGAAGCUGUCUGCUAAUGCUUUACCAUCUGAGAUAAAUAUAUUAAGUUCAAUUAAACAUGUUCAAACGAAAACUCAAAGCUCUUGAUUAUGUUGAUUGGGACAAAGUCAAUGCAAAUGAUUCGUUACAUAUUAAGAAACUAAUACCAUGGCUUGAGGAUCAAAAAAUUCGCCACUAUAAAAUUGAAGAUCGAAAAGAUAUACAAAAUAUAGAAUCUGAUCAAUGGCAAAAAGUUUAUGAAAAGUAUCUCGAGGAUGUUGGAUGUCCAAAAUUUGAAUCUCAAUUAGAUCAAAUUGAAUGGCUUGUAGGUUUAGCAGUAAGAUUGGAAUUUGAGGACAACUGCGAUAAGUACAAGAGUGUGAUUACCAACAAAAAGAGUAAAAGUGAAGCAGCUCCUAACAUUAAAUCUACGAAUCCACUAGAUAAUUUAGAUUUUCAAAGUAAUGAAUUCAAGAAUGGUGUAAAUAUAAUAGCUAAACUAUUAAGAGUACCACAACAUCCUAACCAUUUAGUGACACUUGAAGCAUGUAGCAAGCUAAUUUGUAAAAGACUGAAUCACAAUGCAGUGCAAAAUCCUAACUCUGUUAUUAUCAGAGGUAAACCUUUUCCCAUCAUGGACACUGAUGUUGGAUUUAAUAUGGGUGAUGCUGCUCUCAACAACGCAGCAAAAGUUUUAAGUUUAUUGUAUAUUCAAGAUCUGCGAGAUCUUCAAACAAAAAUAAACGAGGCCAUAGUUACCGUUCAAACUAUUACAGCUAAUCCAAAAACUGAUACAAAAUUAGGUAAAGUUGGCAGAUAAAUAUUUCAUGUUCAAUUUAUUA